UCAAUGUCUGGAAGGGUACUGUUAUCAAUUAUCUCCCUUAGGAAGUGCCCCCUGUGCCUGGAUAGAGUUAUCUCCCCUUUGAGAAUAACUUCUUCAUCAUGUCUGCAAUAUGUUGCUAAGUCAACCAUGUCUAGCAAAUUUGUUAUGGCGGAUCGAAUUCGUGGAACUGACAAGAAUGUGUGGGUGGAGUUUGGCCGCUUGGCAACAGAGCAUAAAGCAAUCAACCUGGGACAGGGUUUCCCAGACAUGCGUCCCCCACAGCACGUAGUUGACGCCCUGUGUAGGGCUGCCACCAGUGAUAAUGUCUACAUGCAUCAGUACACACGCAGUUAUGGUCACCCUCGAUUGGUCAGUGCCCUGGCCAAGCUGUACAGCCCUCUGAUUGGCCGACCAAUUGACCCCAUGACGAACACGCUUGUGUCAGUGGGAGCAUAUGGCGCCCUGUUCUGUACGAUACAGGGGCUUAUCAACCCAGGGGAUGAGGUGAUCAUUAUUGAGCCUUACUUUGACUGCUAUGAGCCUAUGGUCAGAGUAGCAGGAGGAGUGCCAGUCUUCAUUCCCCUCAGGCCGACAAAGAGUGGAAGCAGGCUCUCAAGUGCUGACUGGAAACUGGACCCUGAAGAACUGAGAAGUAAAUUCACAGCCAAGACAAAAGCUUUCAUUCUGAACACUCCAAGCAACCCAUUAGGAAAAGUAUUUUCACAAGAAGAGCUGGAAAUGAUAGCUAAUCUGUGCAUAGAAAAUGAUACCAUCUGUGUGGCAGAUGAAGUAUAUGAGUGGCUGGUGUUUAAUGGCAGUAAACAUAUCAAGAUAGCCUCCCUUCCUGGCAUGUGGGAGAGAACAGUGACAAUUGGAAGUGCUGGGAAGACAUUCAGCGUGACGGGCUGGAAGCUAGGCUGGGCUGUGGGUCCAGAGCCUCUAGUGCACGCUCUGCAGACCAUGCAUCAGAACUGUACCUUUACCUGUCCUACACCUCUACAGGAAGCUGUGGCAGAGGGGCUGGAGAGGGAAAUGUCUCUGUUUGGAAGCCCUGAGUGUUACCUCCAGUCUCUGGCGCGGGAGAUCCAGCCUAAGCGAGACGCACUGGUUGACCUGUUAGAGCAGUUGGGGAUGGUGCCCACGGUGCCCCAGGGGUCAUACUUCAUCAUGGCAGACUACUCUAACAUGAAUAUUUCAGUACCAGAUGAUGGCACCUCAGAUCCGGCAGACUUCAAAUUUGUCCGUUGGAUGACAAAAGAAAAGAAAGUCUCUGCCAUUCCGCCAUCAGCAUUUUAUUCCAAGGAGAACAAAGACUUAGGAGAAAAAUAUUUAAGGUUUUGUUUUAUUAAGGAAGACUCUACUCUGGAAAAAGCUGGGAAGAUUCUCAAGGAAUGGCAUGCCUCUCUUUGAUCCAACAUCUGCCCAUACUCAAUCUGAAUUAAAUGCAGAGCACUGUUUUGAUCAUAAGGUCUGUUUUAUGGACCCUAAUAAUAAUGAACAUAUUUGUGGCUACUGAUGUCACAGAGUUUUCUCUGGCCCUGAAGUAGGUAUUACUCUAAUCCUUCAACCUUUUUAUGUGUUCUCAAGAUGUUUAUUCAAGCAUAAAAUAGGCAUUAUUUUGUGUAGACUAAUAAAAUUACACUUUCCAAGAAGCCCUGAAGUUGACCAACACAAGUAGUGUAGUUUUGUAUCUAAAAUCAAAUUAAAAAUGUACAUAAAUUGUGCAGAAAGUUGCACUUUCAUAUGCAAAAAGGUUGAGAAAAUAGGGUAAUGUCAGAUUUCCAUUUUCAUACCCAGGUACACAUUACUGAGUACAGUUUACUCAGACCUGAGUAGUUUAUUCAGACGUGAACAUAAAGGUGUAAAGUUAAGUGACAUAUUUGGUCAGAUACUUUAUUAGUUCACAAUUCCAGUUCCCAAUAGACUAACUUGAAUGUUGUAAAUUAUGGUUAUUAAUAUGCACAUAGGAUAUCAGCAGUGGAACAUCAGCCUUGUGUUGUUGUGCCAUGCACAAAACAUGAUUUCAAAACAUGUAGUACGUUUUAAGCUACCAACUCUAACAUAAGCUACAUCAGUCCUGUACUUUGCUACCAACUCUAACAUUUACAUGUGCCUUAGAAUUACUCCCACUGUUAUUGGAGACCAACUCCAAGGUGACAACAUUAGCUACAUCAGUCCUGUACUUUGCUACCAACUCUAACAUUUACAUGUGCCUUAGAAUUACUCCCACUGUUAUUGGAGACCAACUCCAAGGUGACAACAUUAGCUACGUCAGUCCUGUACUUUGCUACCAACUCUAACAUUUACAUGUGCCUUAGAAUUAUUCGCACUGUUAUUGGAGACCUACUCGAAGGUGGCAACAUUAGCUACAUCAGUCCUGUACUUUGCUACCAACUCUAACAUUUACAUGUGCCUUAGAAUUACUCCCACUGUUAUUGGAGACCUACUCCAAGGUGACAACAUUAGCUACAUCAGUCCUGUACUUUGCUACCAACUCUAACAUUUACAUGUGCCUUAGAAUUACUCGCACUGUUAUUGGAGACCUACUCCAAGGUGACAACAUUAGCUACAUCAGUCCUGUACUUUCACAGGACAGCUAAAAAUCUAAAUAAGUGCGAAUUACAUCUGUAAUAUUUCAGAUGCAGUUUACCGUCGGUAGCCUUUUUUCUGAUACCCGGUCAUUUCCUGUAACGUUCUUAGUGGGAUUGUUUUCUGUGUGUGAAGAAAACGGUGAUGCAGUAUUAACCAGCAUUAAUUCACACUCAGGGCUGCUCUGCCGAAUUUUAUUGUUACAUGAAAACUCAUGGUGCUACCUAGCGAGCUUUAACCCUGGAACCUGUCUGUUAUGUUGAUACGUUUAUAUUUUAGCGUCUUUGUUUCUUUUGGAGUUUUUUUUUAUUAAAUGCUUUGUACUGUAUGAAGGCGUACAAGGAGCAAUUUUUGUCUUUCAUGUUUUAUUAACAUGGGUUAUAUUGGCAAAAGUCUCUACAAAAUUCUGUGUAGUUGUAUAUGAAUUUCUACCCUGUGCUAUUGACGUAAGAUCACUUGUAGUCAUGUAAAACCACCUCAACUUCAGACUCUUGAUUUGACUUGAUUAUUGUUAAAGUGUAGAUCGUUGACCUAAAAACUAAAGAAGAAAAAAGAAAGGUGUUUGACUUUAUCCCGCAUCAGACGAAAUACUCCGCUUUUGAUAGACAUCAACGGUCUCCAGAGAUACAGAUAUAUUUUCCUGCCUGCGAGUGGGUUAUCUCCCUUCCCUGUGAAUGGUCAUACAGCUGAAGCGAUUCACCAAUAUAUCGGUCUUCUGUAUUCAGCUGAUGGAUCUUUGCAGGAUGAAUUUGUUAUAUGGUGACUUGGUGAUUCGCAAAUGACGCCUGGUACAAUAUGAGGAUUAUUACCGCCAUAGAUUUGUGCAUCCUAUGACUGAGUAACCAUGAAGUCUUAACAAAUAGCAUUUGUCAGCAUUUGGUGUUAUAUAUGUGUGACCGUGAAUAGAUACUCCAUUGUUCUGAGUGCUGUUGUAUGUAUGUAAAGUAAAUAUAUACAUGUAGGAUUAUUAAAACAUUU